AUGAACAGGGGAGUUUUGCCUCUUUCCCCCUCGCCCCACCCCUCCCCCCAUGCCACCACUGCUUGCCUUGCCCUCUCCAUGGCCCACCCAUCCCACUCCUCCUCCACCCCUCUUCCGCUCCUCCUCCACCCCUCUUCCGCUCCUCCUCCACCCCCCUUCUGCUCCUCCCGUCCUCUGUCCUCACUCCCGUCAUACCCGGCUGCCCUACCCCAAGACAUGCUCAAAACGCUCACUCAACGCGCUGGGACUGGUCUGAUCAUCCUGGCCACGCAGAUCAUCCUGGCCACGCAGAUCAUCCUGGCCACGCUCUCAUUAUGCAUGGCUAUCAUGCUCGGCACGCUCAUUGCACAGGACUGCGCCCUCGGGCUCCUCCUCGCAAUAAUGCCGGCGCUCGCCGCCCGCCCUGCAUCGGCGUCCGCCAUCCUACUGGCCCUGGUGCGCGAGCUGCUCAUCCUGCUCGCCUUCUGCCUCGUUGCCUGGGCGCUCUCCCGCCUGCUCGUGCCGCGCUUCCUGCGCCUGCUCGUGCGCGUGUCCAGGGGCAACAACGAGCUGUACCAGCUCGGCAUCAUGGGCAACUGCCUGUGUGUGGCUCUGCUGUCCGAGUAUCUUGGGCUGUCCCUAGAGGUCGGGGCGUUCAUUGCCGGCCUCAUGCUCUCAGGCGGCACAUACAGCGAGAGAACACUGCACCAGGUGGAGCCGGUGCGCAACAUGUUUGCGGCGCUCUUCCUGGCGUCCAUAGGCAUGGUGAUGCACCCCAUGUUCCUCUGGCAGCACAAGGACAUUCUGCUCCUCGCCCUUGCUGUUGUCUUUUUGGGGAAGACGCUGCUCGUUGCUCUCGUGGUUCGUGGUUUCGGCUAUAGCGCAGGCACAGCAGCAGCGGUGGGAAUAGCCCUGGCGCAGAUAGGAGAAUUCUCCUUCGUCCUCCUCUCGCGAGCGCAAACGCUGAAGCUGGUGGGGCACAAGCUGUACCUGCUGCUCAUGGGCACCACGGCGCUCUCCCUCGUGCUCACGCCCUUCGCCUUCAAGCUCGUGCCGCGCCUCGCCGCCAUUGGCGCCCACCAGGACCGCGCUCGCCUCAUGCUCAAGAACAAGAGUAUGGUGUCGCCGGGAGGGGCGGGGGGAGGGGGAGGCGGGGGGAAAGGCGGUGGGGGUGGGGGAGGGAUGGGUGGAGGAGGAGGGUCGGGGUUGCCUGUGAGUGUGAGUGGGGGUGGGAGUGGAGGGGGAGGAGGGGGAGGUGUGGCUGGUGGUGUGGUUGGUGGUACGUUUGGGGGUUUGCUGAACGGGGUUGCUGGCGUGCUCUCUCCUCGCUCUGCUGCUGCGGCGGCUGCUGCCGCUGCUGCUGCUGCGGGGGAAACACAGCAACAGCAGCCCACGACUCCCUGA